AUGGAAUCUUCAAACGGAAGUUCAGCUCAGUGUUUAACAACAUCCGCCAGUACGACAACAAAUGCUUCUUCUUCGGCCACCUCCUCCGCCUCAGCCUCAGCCUCGGUAUCGUCAUUGUCCACACCAUUGGCUUUGACAACGACAUCAUCAUCAUCAGCUUCCACGUCCGGCUGUACCUCCACACCGGCCACAAUUAGCAGUAGCUGUGUUAGUAAUAGUUUGACCAGCAGCAUAGCCACAAAUUUGUCAACUGUUGCGGGUUUUACCUCAACAUCGGCAGGCUCAUUUCAACAACACACCCCCUUGUUACAAAUUUUACCCUUGGAUACCGGCAAACAAGAUGAUAGUAAUAAUUUAUCUCUGGCCAGUGGUAUAUCGGAGGGUCAGCGUUCAUUAUCGGCAGCACCGUCGGCAUCUUCCAGUCCCAUCUUGAGUCCACCAAAUAAGAUAUUUGGCCGCAAUGCAAAUGGAACAAUGGUGGCUACUUCUCGUCCCAAUAAUGAAGCUGAAAUUCAGCUGUAUCGUGUUCUACAAAAAGCCAGUCUCUUGGCCUAUUAUGAUACUCUGCUAGAAAUGGGUGGUGAUGAUGUCCAGCAAUUGUAUGAGGCUGGUGAGGAAGAAUUUUUAGAAAUUAUGGCCUUGGUGGGUAUGGCCUCGAAACCAUUGCAUGUAAGACGCCUGCAAAAGGCCUUGCAUGAAUGGGCCCUAAAUCCCAGUCAAUUCCAACAGCCUCUUAAUCACAAUAGUGGUCAAUUUGAAACCCCGGCCAAAUCUAGCACUGCCAUAUACAAUGCUGAACUAUCACGUUCGCCAGGUCCCAUACGUCCCAAAUAUCCCUCUUUCAAUACCAACGCCCCCUUUAAUCCCACACCCUUGGUUAGUACAGUGACCCCUGCGGGUGCAGCCUCUGCCCAUUUACUUUCACAAAUUUGUUCCCUACCCUCAUUGCCUGCCCACAAUCCCACCGUUGCCAGUCAUGUUCUACCUCCCUCUACUCUCACCCAUCCCACCGAAAGACCCCAACCUAUGGUAAAUAUUCCCCAAUUGCCGGGUAGUGGUGUUGCCUCAAAUACUGCCCAUCAGGUUACCUCCAGCUCGCCACAACUGACCCCCGUCCUCAGUGAAAUGCAAGUUUCUCGCAUUACAAUGGGUGCUGAAAAAAUUGCCUCACAAUUGCCACAACGUGAACCCCGUGCUCACACCUCUAAGAAACGCACCAGCCGUGAAUUGGAACAGGUUAUGGCCAUGAGUGAAAAUGACCCACGUCGCAUGGAUGAAAUUCGUAAGUAUUCCGCCAUUUAUGGUCGCUUCGAUUGCAAACGUCGUCCCGAAAAACCUUUAACCCUACACGAGGUUUGCGUAAAUGAGGCUGCCGCUCAAUUGUGCCGUCUGGUCCCUGCCUUGCUAACACGACGUGAUGAACUCUUCCCCUUGGCCCGUCAAAUUGUUAAAGAUGCCGGAUUUGGUCACUCGGCAUCGAUUGCCCGCUAUGGCAAUUUACUCUCACAAAUGGUUGGGGGUGGCGCCGUCAAUCAAAAUGCCGCUGGACAAAUACGUUCCGCUUCGGCCAUGUUAGAUUGUGAAUCGAAUGAUACGAAUAACUCAACACCAAACAAACGUCAAAGGAUGGCAUCGUCUGAUGCUAGUUUGUCGGCAGCCGAUAGCAAUCGGGAUUCUGUGGAGGAUCCACGUUACAAUCUGUUUGCCAUGUACCAGAAAUUUGCUGCAAAGCCACCGUUUGAUUUGGCCGAUAUUGCAAAAUUCACAUUAACAAAACCCAAUGAUUUGGAUGAUCAAGAUCAGGAAUCACGUUUUUCAUUCAGUAAUUCCAGUUCGCCAUCUAUGCCAACAAGCAGCAUUGGCCCGCCAACUCCUUCGUCUACUACAAAUCGUCUGAUUUCCGAUCUGAGUACCACUCCUACGAAAUCACGCCCCUUAUCCAGUGAUGUGCAAGUUAUAUCAGCUGCAGGCAGUCAUAUCAUUGCUGUUGCCAAUCCUGCCUUGGCCUUAAGUCCAACACUGCAUGAAGCCAUCAGCUUGAAGCGGGAAACAACAUCACCGGAUCCAUGA